UUGACUUCCGAAGCCAAACAUUCGCUAUUACCUUUCAUUCCGACGCUGUUGGAUCAGACAUGGGGUUUAAGCUGGACGUGACCCAACGCACCCAAGGCUGCAGCGGGGGCAUCGGGCCCGUGCAGCCCCCCAUCCCCCCCGGGUUGUGCGACGCCGUGACGGAGCAAGUCGGCUUCGUGCUGCUCAGUCCUGGCUACCCGACACGGUACCCGACCUCCACCGACUGCACAACCACAAUCCUCAAGGCCUCGCCUGAUGUGCGCAGCCUGGUGUUGCAGCUGGUGGACUUCGAGCUGGCGCCGUCGCUGGGCUGCUCCGAGGACUACCUCGAGGCUUCGGGCGAGCGGCUGUGCGGACUCCUCACCGGCCAGACCCGUACUGUACAGUUCGUCGGCAACGCGAUCACCCUUCGCUUCCACUCGGGUCCCUUUUCAAGCGGAGGGCGUGGCUACCGCAUUCGCAUCGGCCAGAGCACUUCCACGGACCCCAUCACGCCGGGCGGCUGCGGGGGCGUCGUCGAUGCCUCCAGCGCCACGAUCCAGUCACCAGACUACCCUGCACCAUACCGGCCCAGCCUCGACUGCGUCUUCACCGCCCUCAAGUCUAACCCGGAAGUCUGCCAACUUUAUAUCAGGAUUCUAGAUUUCGAAAUGGAAGACAGUGCUCAGUGUACAAAAGAUUUUCUGCAAGUCGGUGCGCAGGAGAGGCUGUGCGGACAUCGUUAUCCAGAUGAGACACGUCGAUACCAUUUUACAGACAACCAACUGGAUAUUGUCUUCCACUCGGACGGCUUUGGCUCUGGCCGUGGUUUCAGAAUUGAGAUAAGGCAGCACAUGUGCGGCUACUUCAAGCCCACGUACCCUCAUUACCCAUCUCACCGGCCAACUUACCAUCGGCCAAUCCAACGCCCACAGAAAAGGCCUCCUUUUCUUUGGCCAGCCAAGCCUUUCCAGAAACCCAUAUUCAUCAACUGGUGGAGAUUCCAGCCAUUCUCAAGACCCAAUUUCUAUGCCAGGCAGAGGUACACUAGCAAACCUAUUGGUAGCUCUUUGUACAAUAAGCAUCAAAGCACAAGUAAUGGGCACAGCAGUACAAGUUACAGACCACCAAAUAUGAGUUACGGUCCGCCAAGCACGACCCCUAGCCCGUAUUUCCCUCCUUUCGUGACCCCUCCGGCCACUGUGUAUCCAACGACCCCCAGGCCCACCUUCCCAACUCUUCCAACCACAGUGCCAACCCUGCCCACCGUCACUCCAGUGUUGCUGCUCCAACCCGGGGACGUUCCGACGCCACUUACAGCUUCCGGGAGUCUCAAUGGGACCCGCUUGGGCCCCUCGAAGGGUGAGGAAGACGCAGAGGAAAUAAAUACAGAAAGCCCAUGCGGCGGUUCAUAUCGUACUAGGAGCUUCAGGAUUCAGAGCCCAGGGUACCCAGGGCCCUACUACACAGAUAUGCUCUGCGUCUAUAGGAUUUACAAGUACGGCACAGACGUCUGCGGUGUGGAACUCGUGAUGGAUCAGUUCGACGUCGAGGAGAGCCAGUCGUGCUCCGAAGCUCGACUGGUAGUAGCUGGCCGCCGCUACUGCGGUCGCAUAAAGACAGGAACUCACGGGGUCUUGCCAUUCCCCGCCGAAGGACCAAUCACCAUGGAGUUCUUGGCAGGCCGCUAUCACAGCGGGGCUGGCUUCACUCUGCGAGGGAGGCAGAUCCCCUGCGGGGAGGAAUCCGCAAUACCAGAGGAGUCCAAGGCGGAGCCCUUAUUGUUGCACGAGUUUUCGAAAGAACCUUCAGCCUCUAGGGACUUGGUUCUACCCUGGGUGGGGCCGGGGGGGCGGGACCGCCCAGCCCCACACGGACGGAGGGGCUGGACGUCCAUCCUUGGAUGACGGAAGGGAACAAAACGGAAAAUGAGGGGGAUGAGGGAAAUGUGGAGGCUCUCUGAAAGUCAGUUUCUGUGCCAGUGGGUGCUGUGAGGUUAAAAUGCACGGCUAAGAUGUUUUAAAUAAAACAAAACAUACCUUGUUUUCUUUAAAUUGC